CUUCCUUCUCUCUUUCCUCCCGUAUCUCGAUGCAGAGGCAGGAGGAGGAGGAGGAGUGGCGCAAGUGACCAGGGCUGGAGCAGGCGUAGGCGGCCAUCCCCCCCCCUCCCCUGACGGAAGAGUUCUGAGCCACUGUCCCCUUAUCCCACAGCUUACUCGGUUUCAUUCACGCGCGCGCACGCAAACACACGCGAUGCCCUCAGCCACCAGCAGCGCGAUGGCGAGCAGCGGCGGUAAAGCGGAAAAGGAGGCGGCGGCAGCACCUCCAUCCCAGGCGGUGGCGGCGGCAGUUUCGGGCGGCGGCACGAGUUCGGUGCAGACCGAGGCCAUGAAGCAGAUUCUGGGCGUCAUCGACAAGAAAUUGCGCAACCUGGAGAAGAAAAAGGGCAAGCUUGAUGACUAUCAAGAUCGAAUGAACAAAGGAGAACGCCUUAACCAAGAUCAGCUGGAUGCUGUGUCCAAGCACCAAGAAGUCAGCAAUAACUUGGAAUUUGCUAAGGAACUACAGAGAAGUUUCAUGGCACUUAGCCAGGAUAUUCAGAAAACAAUAAAGAAGACAGCUAGACGAGAGCAACUAAUGAGAGAAGAAGCUGAACAAAAACGUUUAAAAACAGUACUUGAAUUACAGUAUAUUUUGGACAAGUUGGGUGAUGAUGAAGUGCGCAAUGAUCUAAAACAAGGAACAAAUGGAGUGCCGGUAUUAACAGAGGCAGAAUUGUCAACACUAGAUGAAUUUUACAAACUAGUUGAACCGGAACGGGACAUGAAUGUAAGGUUGAGUGAUCAGUAUGAACAGGCAUCUAUUCACCUCUGGGACUUAUUGGAAGGAAAGGAAAAACAUGUAUGUGGAACGACCUAUAAAGCCCUAAAAGAAGUCACUGAACGCAUUCUUCAAACAACUUACUUUGACAGUACCCACAACCAUCAGAAUGGAUUAUGUGAAGAAGAGGAGACGGCCCCUGCGCCUGCAGUGGAGGAUCCUGUUGCAGAAGCUGAGCCAGAGCCAACAGAAGAAUACACUGAACCCAGUGAAGUUGAAUCAACAGAGUAUGUAAACAGACAGUUCAUGGCAGAGACUCAGUUCAGCAGUAGUGAGAAGGAACAGGUAGAUGAGUGGACAGUUGAAACUGUUGAGGUUGUAAAUUCACUCCAGCAACAACCACAGGCUACAUCUCCUCCAGUACCAGAUCCCCAUACGCUUACUACUGUGGCUCAAGCAGAUCCUCUUGUUAGGAGACAACGAGUACAAGACCUUAUGGCCCAAAUGCAAGGCCCCUACAACUUCAUGCAGGAUUCCAUGCUGGAAUUUGACAACCAGGCACUCGAUCCUGCUAUUGUUUCAGCCCAGCCCAUGAAUCCAGCACAAAACUUGGACAUGCCACAGAUGGUUUGCGCUCCAGUUCAUAGUGAAUCCCGACUUGCUCAGCCUACCCAGGUUCCUGUGCAGUCUGAAGCGACACAGGUCCCUUUGGUUUCUUCCACAAGUGAGGGAUAUACAGCAUCCCAGCCCAUGUAUCAGCCUUCUCAUUCAACAGAGCAGCGGCCUCAGAAAGACUCAAUUGACCAGAUUCAGGCAUCAAUAACUUUAAAUGCAGACCAGACACCAACAACAUCACCGCUUCCAGCUGCAUCUCAGCCUCAGGUAUUCCAGGCUGCCACUAGCAAACCUUUGCAUAGCAGCGGAAUCAAUGUAAAUGCAGCUCCAUUCCAGUCCAUGCAGACAGUAUUUAACAUGAAUGCACCUGUUCCUCCUGUCAAUGAGCCAGAAACCUUAAAGCAACAAAAUCAGUACCAGCCCAGUUACAGCCAGUCUUUCUCCAGUCAGCCUCAUCAAGUAGAACAAUCAGAACUUCAGCAAGAACAGCAGCUCCAGACAGUGGUUGGCACCUACCAUGGUUCCCCGGACCAGUCCCAUCAAGUGGCAGGUAACCACCAGCAGCCUCCACAACAGAAUACUGGGUUCCCACGUAACAGUCAGCCUUAUUAUAACAGCCGGGGAGUGUCUCGUGGUGGAUCACGUGGCACUCGAGGCUUAAUGAAUGGAUACAGGGGACCAGCCAAUGGGUUUAGAGGAGGGUAUGAUGGCUACCGCCCUUCAUUUUCCAACACUCCAAAUAGUGGUUACACACAGGCACAAUUUAAUGCUCCUCGAGACUAUUCCAACUACCAGCGGGAUGGAUAUCAACAGAAUUUCAAGCGUGGCUCUGGUCAGAGUGGCCCUCGGGGAGCCCCUCGAGGUCGUGGAGGGCCCCCAAGACCCAACAGAGGGAUGCCUCAAAUGAAUGCUCAGCAAGUGAAUUAAACUAAUUCACAGGAUUACAUUUAAACGCCAAAAACAUACUGGCCAGUGUACCAUACAUGUUACCAGAAGAGUUAUCUCUUUGUUCUCCUUUUUAGGAAGUUCAUAGUGAAGGGAUUAUUUUCAUUGCCCAUAAAGACAGGACUACAGUUGUCAACUUCAUACUAUCUGGAUAUGGAAAGAAACAACGUUUGCUCUGCAUGUUCUAGCUUAACAUCAUCUUGAACCUUGCACAUGAGUUCCAGAAUUUUUAUCCUUGCUCUGAUUAAAAGCAAAAUUAGCAGUUUCAGGGUAAUGAAAAUUGCAGUAGUUACCUGGCAGAAACGGCCCAUAACUGACUCAAUUAAUGUUUUCUAGCAGUGCAGUGAAUUUGGAUAAAAAACUAUAAAUCCCUAAUUGGUAUAUUUAUACUUUCACGAAAGAAAGAUCAAAGAAGCAAAGUGUGAGUUGAUAGUGACUACAUUUCAGCUUUCUUUGCUAGACUGAAGCAUUGAACAUUUCUAAUUCCUCUAUCACAACUAGAUAACCUGAUGGACUGUUUCUGCACUCUCCUUUUUGCAGCGUUUUCCUAGUAGGCCUGACUUGCUGUUGCAAAGGGAUGCAUUAAUUGUUCAUGUUACUGUUAAUAUAAUUCUGCAAACCCCAAAUUAGGCUUUGAUUGGCACUUUAAAAUUUUCUGUAAGAAAUAGAAGAUGUAAUCUGGAUUGCUGCCUCUUAUUUCCAAUGUGAAGUGUUAAGAGUUCUCUCUCCUGAACACAUUUCUUGGAUAGCAAUGACACUUGUAAGGAUAGGUAUCCUUUAUCUUUCCUUAUGACUUGCACAUUGUCUGUCACUAAUACUUAAUCUUGCUGUAUUAUCACCUAAAUAACUUAUGCAGGUACUGAUGAAAAUUAGUGGAUAUUCAUAACACUUUUGGUUACAUGUUCUUUCUUUUCUGCAGUCUGAAGGUUUUAAGAAAUCUUGAAUUCCUGCUGCUGCCCUUUUAAAUUGCUCUCUGUUGAAAAGCACCAGUAUGUGUUUGGGUUAGUUUUCCCUUUUAAGGGAAACUUCACCCAGCAGUUACAGAUCUAAGCCAGAUAAAUAAAACAUGUUUAUAAAAAAAUGUAUUCUUUAACAUAUUUUCAGUGACUGAUGCGAGUUUAAUAGUGACAUAGACUUCAUAGCAUAUUCUCUCAAACUUUAAAGAUUAGUAUGUUCCUAAGGGUAUUCAUGUUGUUAAUAGAUGGCCCCCACUCAUAGGUGAUAUCUACCAAGGAGAUUUAGUCCCCCAGUUCCAUGUGGCAUUAGUGUUGAUUACCAAGCAUCUGUGUGGGGCUGUUCACUUAGAACUGUGUGUAUGCCAAGAUGCUGGGUGUACCCUUCUAGCCCAGAGAACUUUAUACUGUUUCUGAGCAACUAGUGCACAGUGUCCCUGCUGGGUUGAAGAAAUGGCCAUUUUCCCCUCACGUGGAUUAAAAUAAUUUCUGCUCCUCAAACACUAUUCAUUGCAUUGGGAAACAAGAACUGCUAAUUCCUUACUUAGUUUACUAAGCAAUGUGUUGAUUGUUCUUGGGACGUUACGACAUCUUUUUCUGGCCACAUACCACUAGAGUGUGAAAGACCUUUAGUUUGUCUCAGUGAUUAUGCAAACGUUUUCUUUGAGGGUAUGUUGUCCUUAAUUGCCAAUUAUUACACAUGGCAGAAGUUUAUACUGGAAAAUCAGGUUUAAAGGCCUAAAACUGUUGGGUUGGAUACAAACCUGGGAAUGGAAGGAAUUGGCAAAAAUGGGUCUUUCGUGCCUUCUUUUAGUCACCCCAUGUAAAGCUGAUGCUGUGGAUUGAAGGACCCUUGAAGACUGUUGUGUGGCAAAGGAGUCUGCAGCAAAGGGAAAAUCUACCAAAACGUACUCCCACUUACUCAAAAUCCCUGUGAGCCAUUUUCUUCAAGAGUCUCCAAUAUUUCAGUGGCUUUAUUGUGGUCUUCUGGGAGAGUGUCAGAAGGUCUGUUUCUGGUCACUUCCAUUCAUGGGAGGAUGGAUCCAACCCAAGGAAAUAUAAAUAGGGGGUUGCAUAUUCAGGUAACAAAAUAAUGUUAUGUUGAAGUAGCACCAGUUGUGAUCUGGAAAAGUGGUGAUAGACACAAAUUAUGCAAAUAGCACUCAUGCUUGCUUUGCAUAAUCUCCAAGUCAUGUGGUGCAUAAUGAACCGUGCAGCACCAUGAAGUCCAACCAUGAAAUGAGCACUUCAAUUCUCAGGCGGCAGAACUGUGGAGCCCAAAAUUCUUGUUGUCAGAGAACUUUUCAGACAACUUUUCAGACAACUUUGGGGAAGGUUCAUAUGGGAACUAGCUGGUUUAUCUUCAUGAUUAUUCCAGAUGGUUGUGUAACAUCUCUUUUAUGUCUAAAUUUAAUCAAGCAAAGAGAAUUUUAAAAACUUUUUUUUAAUGUAGGACUUUUUAAAAAGUUAGUCAUUGUUCUCUUCAGAUUGAUUCAACAUGACCAAAAGACUGAGCUUGAGCUUUAUUUGGGGUUCUGUUCGGAUUUUCUUCCUACUAUGCCUUACUUGCAUCAGGCAGUGGACAAUCGUGACUGACAAAGGCUUUUCAAACCUUCAGAGCUCGGAGAAAAGCUAAAUAGUUCUAAUUCAAUUCCAGAAAGUUCUGGGCAAUUAAGAACUGGUUGUAUUUAUUUCCUGGGUCAGUCAAAUACUUCAACAUCCUGUCUGCAGCUGAGCCCAGCAUUCACCUGCUUCAGAAAUGCCCAAGGCUUGAUUCACCCUUCCAGUAUUCAGAGGUUUAAAAAUUCUUUUCUUUGAGGUUGUAGUGUCCAAACUCAUAUAGCAUUAAGAGAACUUGUUUUAAUUUAGCUAAUCUACUGCCAUUCCUAACAGUCUUUUUGGUAAGUUACUCACAGAGAAAUUGUGAAUUGUGUAACAAAAGUGUCUUCUUUGUACGAUCCAAUCUACAGUUCCUGACUGCAUUGAUAACAAUCCAUUUGCAGAUUAUGUGCAUCCUUUUCAAGCAUUCUCACACAUGAAGCUAAAAUGCACCUUUUGAGUUCCUCCUGCUAGUUUUACAUCUGAAUGCUUUUAAAGUGGGAUAAAAUGUGUAUGAGAGAUAAAAUGUUUAUUGAACAAAAUAAAGUCUUUACAGUAGUGUUAUACAAUGAUUUAGAAGAAAGCUGAUUUCAGACAUUGUGGAUGUACAUUUAAGUUUAUUUUUUAGUCUUCAAUUAAAAUAUCAUUAGUGUCAAUAUGAUCUUUUAGGCACCCUGCUUCCCCUGUCUCUGCAGUGUUUGGCUUUUGAAUACUUUUUGUUAAAAUGUCCCUUGUUCACUCAAGUGCGUUAAGCCAUUCUUGUUUCUACCACAGCUUUAUAAAAUUUAAACACAUCUUGGUAUUUUUCUAAUGUUGAAGUUGCCAUUGUAAUCUAGUUCACUUUUCCCAUCUAUAAAGUUACCUUUGCUGCUGGAUUAAAGAGUUAUUUUUAACUAUUGUACAAAUUUAAAGAGUAUGAAUUACCUUUGGCAUUUUCAAGAAUUUUACUUCAUUUUAUAACUGCACAUUGCAUCUGAAAGAAAAAGGGUGCUUAACAGAAGUAAUACUUCCUCUACAUUAAAAAUUGAGUAAGUAAAACUUGUGAGUAUUGGAUUCAUGUGACUGAUGGAUUGUACUUUGUGUUAAGAGUUGGUCAAAGCUAAACUUGUAGUAUGUAUCUAUGCAAAUAUUGUGAGUUUUAGAAAUUAUACAUCUGAGGUUAGUGAUUAUUUUGGAGACUCUUGGCUGAAAUUGAAAUGGGUGCCUAUUCUACUGUAUUCUGGAUUUUAAAGACUGCAGAUCAGGUUGGUGAAUCAUUUGAUUGCCUCUUCUCCAGUCCAACGGUGGGAUUUAUUUUGUAGUUCAUGUGUUGCAAAAGCUUGGGAAUUGGAAUGCUUAUUAAAUAAUGAAAUUUAAA